AUGACCGAAUUAAGGAGGGCGAGGACGGGUCGCUCGGCGCACCGUGGACAACCCCGUUCAGAUUUCCCCGACGACAUCCACCUGCUGUCGACCAGUGGCAACCGCCACGUGGUGGUUUUUACACUCCUGACACAACCCGAGGAACACCAGUUGUCGCAGCAUUUGGGCCAGCUGCUGCUCCACCAACGACUGAAGCAGAUGACGCUUCAGUGCCGUUGCCAGCCGACAACGACCCAUCGGGUGUCCGAGCUGAAGACAUCGGUUCAAAAGCAGCUGCAGUUACAGCGGAACAAAGCGUUCAAGAGCGGCGUCUUCCGUAUCGUCAGCUUGCUGCGAACUUUUUCAGCUGGCCACAAGCUGUACGUUGGACUCGACGACGAGUCUAAACUUUCCCUAGCAGCGAAGCCGGUAGAAGCUCCACGAGGCGGAAAGUCUCAAGUUCCAAGACGUGAAGGCGGCCGGGAAGGCGCCCCCAAGAACAAUGGAAGAGUCGGCAGAAAGGCCUAUGCGAUUGUGCCCAAGACCGCCGAGCCACCUGCCAACAAGUCACCGUGGGGCGCGGUGCUCGCGCCUGGCAAAGCCGAAACGUUCUUGACAGCACAAGUCAAGCGCUGGAAGGACGGCAUGAAGGUGCUGGUCAACCAGCCGGAGCGACAAAACUCAGAACGCGGCGGGCUAUUAGAGAACGCCGUCCACGUGGACGAUGUCCUCGUGCCACAAUUGGCGUACCUGUACGGCAGUGACGCCAAGUCAAUUGUGAUGACGCCCAGCGUCAAGUUCAACUGCGUGAUGCUGGACACGACACCUCCGUCGAGAACGAAGCGGAACGGCGCCGCACGAAGCAGGACGCCGUUCAAGCCAUUCUACCGGCCAAGGCAGCCGAGGCGAAGACUCGCGGGCUUGAGCGACUUAUUCGCCAAACACAUUGAUGUGUUCGGUGAAGACGUGGGCGAUGAUCUGCCAGUCGAGGUCGAGCGACUGGAGGUUCGGAUCAAGCCCGGCUCGACACCGGUGAAGUGUGGGAUGCGGUCGUACCCGCAGCUCGAAUGGUAUGAUAUACCAAAACAACCGGGCUACGUCGGCUUCAGCCCCAAGAAUCGUGCCGAAGAAGGAAGUCCGCGACUUACGAAUGACGAUCGACAGCAGGCCGAUCAACGCCUGCACGAAGUCGAUGCCUUGACCAAGGCGUACUGGCCGCUACGUGAAGAUAGCCAUACGGACACUGUCGCGUACUGCCAGUCGGUCGUCCACCAAAUGUUUGACAAGUUUUUCGACUUAUUGGACCAAGGCUUGACCAUCUGUGCCCAGUUCGGACUCAAGUUGUGCCCGAAAAAGUGUCAUUUCUUUCUGCACGAGGCAGAGUUGUGUGGCAAGGUGAUUUCGGCCGAUAGAAUCACCCAUUCCCCAGCCGAAUUCAAGGACUCGUGGAUUUGUCGUCGCCGACGACAGCGGCUGACCUCCAACAGUUUGUGUGUGCCACGUGCGAGCAUCCCUGGUUACAACCAGCUGGUGGAUCCGUUGCGACGCCUGCUUGACGUGGCCACCAAGGCAACCGGAAGCUCCAAGAAAACGACUGACCUGUUUUGGGGUGCGGUCGCCACACAAGUACCGCCAGUGGUCCUGAACUUGCCUCUCCAAGACCAGCGAGCGGCACCAGCCGCUUACUUUCAUCAGUGGGUGGUUUUCUACCCCAUCGUCGAGAAGGAGGCCUAUGCCGUGGUCGAGUCGUGUAAAUGA